ACCAAUGUAGACUUCUGGGGGUAAAAUAAAUUUGAAUUAGGUGGAACCAUGCACUCCACCCAGCCAAGGACAAGAACAGUAGCUACCCGAGAGGAAGCAUGCCCUAAUUUUGGUGGUUCGGUUCGAUUUUACAAUCUCUCGUGAAGACCGACAUUUUAUUAGGUCACAGGCAAAAUAGUUUCUCAGAAUUAUGGGCAUCCCAAGCCCAUUCGCCAAAUACUGUGCUCAAAAUGUACUGAUCAGACACGAAGCAUAAAUCCCGCCACGAAUCAGGAUGCAUAAACCUUAGGUGCAAAUUUCCUCCAAUUCGAGAAAUGUUAUCCAGUACGAUACUAUGGCAUAAUAUCUGUAAAUGGAAUGGGAGGGGUAACAGAAAGGGCUAGCAGCAGGCAGGCUACAGGUUGAUGUAGAGUGAUCAGUGUUAGAUUUAUGGCGGAACAGCAAAUUUUGUGGUUUAGUUGCCGGUCAAAUGGCGAAGAGGCCAAAUUUUAGGUUCCGAAAUUUCUCUAGUGCUUAGAGCGUGCGGCCAUAGCUGUGGUAUAUACAAUAGAAUGUUCGGUAAGGUGUGGUGUCUUCAGGUGUUCUGAAUCCCUAGAGGUUGGAAUUUUCUGAAGCUGUUUGACAUUGACCCAGCUGAAUUCUGUGAGGCUGUGGCGCAUCAAUAGCAACGGCAGAAAUGGGGUUAUGGGUUUUAGGUUCGUGCUUUCAGCACUGUAGGUGUGAUUCCUAGAAGUAUCAAGCUCGUUCUGAAGGGUCGAGUAGUUGGCCUUUGUGUUGAGGAAGAGGAGUGCAGAAGUGCUUGUACUACUACUAAACGUUGUCGAGACGUGGAAAAGCAAUCAAGUCUCUAUAACCCUGAAGUUGAUGCGGUUGGGGCCGUGUCUCUUCUAAACAUUUUUUUGGUGUGGGAGGGUUAGCUUGACUCAACGGGAAAAAGAAUAGCAGUAGACUGUUGGAGUAUGAAACGAAGGGCGUUUGCUGCGAACAGAUCGUUUAGGACGUAAAUAGUAUAGUGGAGACGUAGCAGCUUUUACAUGGCACUUGGUGCCAUGGCUCAGGAGAACGAUGACCCCGAUGUUACACAGUCACUACCGGAGGCUGUCCGACUGCGAUCUGAUUAUUUGAGGGGACAAGCCGAUCAUUUGACUUUACCAGCCGUACGGCGUCUUCUAGAACGGGAUCUGGGAUUAAGAGCCUCCCAGUUGGAUGUACAUAAAGCUCUUAUUAAAAGGCUUGUAGAUAAGGUUCUAAACGAGGGUGAAGACGCGAAGGUUGUCAUGGAUAAGCCAAGGAAGAGGAGAAAGAACACCGCACGAGUAGUGGAUGAUGAGGGAGAGCCAGAAAGUGCCAAAGCCCAUGUUGAAAGCAUUGAAAAGAAGAGAAAAAUCUCGGAAGGUGUUAAUGAUCUCGAGGAGAAAGCAGUCCCCAAUGAUGACGAAGCUGCAAAGAAGUUAGAUGAUUCUCAAGCACCAAAGAAGGAAGGUGAAGAGGGUGAAAGUCCAGAGAAUAAAGCCAAGCUAGAAGCUGUGGAGGAGAAACAAAAGGACUCCUCUCCAUCUCAGCCGAAUGUUGAUGAGAAUUCUAUAAAGGAAGCUCUCAUGAAACGAGCGGCUGAACUAAAAUCGCGAGCAGAAUCAUUAACGAUUACACACGUGAGGCGCCUGUUAGAAGAUGAUCUUGGUUUGGAACAAAAUAAACUUGAUGUUUUCAAACCGUUCAUACGAAAUCUUGUCGAUGAGCUCCUAGAAAGCACAACUGCUGAGAAUAUGAAAGCCGCUGAUGAGAAAGAUGAUCUCGUUCAAGAAGGCAAACCCAAGAAAGGGGUUAAGGGAAAGAGCAAGAGAAAGGCGCCUAGUGUAGACUCUAGUGAGCAUGGUGAUAAGGGCGAUGCAGGUUCAUCUGGCAGUGAGUCUGAAGAAGCCAAGCAACCAAAGGUAUCGAAGAAAAAGACUUCCACAGCGAAAAAGAAGACUGUCGAGGUGAAAAAGGCUCCCGAAUCUAAAAAGCCUUUUGGCCCGAACGUCGAGAGAUUGAGGGCGAUUUUCAAAACAAUCGAUUUAGGGAUUCCUCCAUCUGCUUAUGCGAAAGCGAAACAGGCUCCUGAGGAUGAGCGAGAUGAUGUGCUGUGUAAGGAAUUGGAAACUCUUCUAGGGAAAGUAGGUUGCCCGCCCAAUCCUUCUCAGCAAGAUAUCAGGAAAGUCAAGGCACAGUUAAGGAAGAAGAAGGACCUGGAUGGUAUCGACAAUACCAAUAUUGUGUCGGAACCAAGACGGAACAGGGCUUCCGCAAACAGCUGGUUUACGCCAAAGCCUAAUAGAUACCUACAGGAUGAGAAGAAAAGUGAGAAGAAAAGUGAGAAGAAAAUAGUCAAAACCCCUGAAGAUGAAGAACCAGAUGAAGAGGGGAAACCAAAAGUCACGGGACGAAUGGACGAUUAGUUGGCCUCUUUUCUCAUCGUAUUAUCAAUUCUAUAUUUGUCCUGGACCUGUAAUCGUGUCUUGGAGAAUGAGAAGGUGAAAGUCCUCCUCCAUUAUUAUCGUGGCCUGUGGCCUGUGGCCUGUUUGAGGGCUUAAGAUACUGGAAGAAAGCAUAAAGCGUGUACUCUAGGGGUAUUUGCCCUGCCCGAGAAGCCUGUCGCACACAGGAUGUAGACGGGAAGAGUUUUGACCUGGGUGGUGUAACGUGGUUAGUUAGUCUUGUAGGUCAAACUUUCUUUUUUCUUCUGUACUGCGGCAACAGAGCUCUCAACAGACACGAAUCUUGGAUGGCACGUCUGCCGAUUCACCAACGCAUCCAAAACUACUGGAGAAUGAGAAUUUUGUCACUUUUCGGUAUCAAGAUAAAUGGUGUUGCUCCCUUAUGUAAAUUUGGGGAGAGCGGGAGGCUUUACUCCCUUCAGUAAGAUGCUUUUCAAGCGAGCCAUGCUACUGGUAUACUAUGAAAGACAGUCACUUAUGUUAACAACUGUUCUCCCAUUCGU